CUCACCCCGCGCGUAAUCUGCGACCCUUUGGGUAAAGGCUGGGAUUUGACGACGUGGUGGGGGUUACGGGCGGUACCACGUAGCGUAGAAACUCCAGCCGUUGUAGCCUAUGUUACGGGUAGCUAGAUAAAAUGGCAACUUUAUCGAUAGUUCUCCUGCUUCUAUUUGCGUUUUCUGCUGUUGUCCAGGCGCAGUAUGAAAAGUACAGUUUCCGGAGUUUUCCAAGACAGGAGCUCAUGCCCCUGGAUUCCGCUUAUAAAUACGCACUGGAUCAGUACACAAACGAGAAAUGGCCAGAAACCGUGGAGUAUUUAGAAGUGAGUCUACGGCUUUUUAGACUACUGAAAGACAGCGAAGCUUUCUGCAAUUUGAACUGUAGCUCCGUCCGGCUGGACGACGAGCAGAAGUUUGAGGGUUUCCCCGAGUUGCACGUUUUCGGGAACAUCAUGAAGCGAGCCCAGUGUCUGAAAAGAUGUAAGCAUGGUUUACCAGCUUUCAGACAGACGAUGCCCAGCCGGGAGACCAUGGAGGACUUCGAGAAACGCGAGCCGUACAAAUUCCUGCAGUUCGCCUACUUCAAAUCUGAAAACCUGGCCAAGGCAGUGUCAGCAGCUCACACCUUCCUGCUCAAGCACCCGGACGAUGAGAUGAUGAAGAGGAACAUGGCCUACUACAAGAGCCUCCCUGGGGUCGAGGAGCACCUCAAAGACCUGGAGACUAAGUCCUAUGAGAUGCUGUUCAUCAGAGCCGUACGAGCCUACAACGGGGACAACUACCGCACCUCCAUCUCUGAUAUGGAGCUGGCCCUCAGGGACUUCUUCAAGGUGUACGACGAGUGUCUGGCUGCAGCGGAAGGGUCCAGGGAGAUCCGAGACUUUCAGGAUUUCUACCCCUCAGUAGCAGACCAUUACAGAGAAGUCCUGGACCGUAAGGUCAAGUGUGAGAGCGAGCUGACCCCAGUCGUCGGGGGCUUCGUUGUGGAAAAAUUUGUGGCGACAAUGUACCACUAUCUCCAGUUUGCUUUUUACAAAUUGAACGACAUUAAGAACGCAGUGCCGUGUGUGGCCAGCUACCUGCUGUUUGACCCCGACGACGAGGUCAUGAAGAACAACAUGGUUUAUUACCAGUACCACAAGGACAAGUGGGACCUGACAGAGGAAGACUUCCUCCCCAGAGCGGAAGCCAUACGGUACUUCAAUCAGACCAGGCUGCAGCUGGAUAUGGCAGAAUUCUCCAGACAGCAUCUACAAAGUGAUGACGAGGGGGAGGUGCUGGAGUUUCUUGAUGAGUUGCUGGAAGCUGAUGAAAAAAAGUAGCUCACCUUUAUGUCCCAAAACAUUUAUAAAGAAAGGAAACUACAACAAAACUGACAAAACACUUCAACAGACUUCCAUUAUGCAAUUAUGAGUGCCAUCUGCUUGUGGGAUGUAUUUAUUUGUAUGGGGGUCUUGCAUUUUUAUUGUAUUAUAUUUUUGUACAAGUCCUUUUCAUUUUGAGCCUUCUGUUUUAGAGCACAUGCACUCACUACCCUCUACACUGGAUCACGUGAUUGUCAUCUUCAUCCUCUGUUUCGCUCACACAAAACACUUGCUGUGUGUGAAUCUCUCACCACUCAGUCUCUGUGUAUUUACAAUUUAGUUAUGGCUCGGCUGUAUUUUUCAGGUGUCAUGGCUCAGAGCCAAAGUCGAAUUAACAAAAGAUGUCAUAUUGUUUUCUUUAAACAAUAAAAUCGUAUGUGGAUCCCAA